AAGCUUACGCAUAUAUAUAUCUCCAUCCACUACACAUUUCAUUUCUCUUACACCUUUUUCUUUAUUGUUAUACACCUAUCCUUUAUUUAUCAUGGAAUUACUAGACGUUGGCAAGCAUUGUAAUCUGAUCUCCUGUCGACAACUAGACUUCUUACCCCUCAAGUGUGCAGACUGUCGCUACAGCUUUUGCCAAGAACAUAGUCACCCAGACGAACACAAUUGCCAGAACAAGAACGCUACCCGUGUAGACAUCAGGAUACCGACCUGCCAAACCUGCAAUAAGCCAGUACCAUUGCGAAGUCGAACAGAAGAUCCUGAAAAGAGAAUGUCAGAUCACUUGGCGAGCCAUUGCGCUGACAUCAAAGUCGAUCACAAAGUUUGUACUGCGCCUAAUUGUCGGACAAAGAUACUGGUACCGAUUGCGUGUUCAAGCUGCGGCAAGCAAGUCUGUGUGAAACAUCGCUGGCCAAAGGAGCAUAAUUGUCAACCACAACCAAAAAUUAUGAAAGCUGUGGCAGAUUCCAAAAAGAUGUUAAAGGCUUAUCGAGCGCUGGUCUACUAAAUCGACAUCGUUUGUCAGUCACGGCACGGCUGGCUCAGUCGCGCAUUAGGCCCCCUGGUUAUUUUAAAGUACCACACCUUUUUAACUCCCCCACUCAACCUGUAGAAAUGCUCCAUCAUCUAUAUAUGGAUUGACUAUUGUACAAUCUGCUUCUGCUUUAACAUCUCUGUAUUUUACGUUACUC